AUGCCCGGGAGCCCGCGCCGGCCAUCUUCCUCAUCGGAGUGCCCCGCCAAGUCCCACGCCGCCCCGCCUGCUCCUACAAGUCCUGCCAGCUACAUCGCCUCGCCAAGUCCGCCGCCGUCGCCCAAGGCCCUCGGCUUCGCCGCCUCGCCAACUUCCCAUUGUCGCGACCCCGUUCGCCUCCUCGAGCCGAAGCUCGCCGCCGCCGGCGACAGCAACAGCAACAUCGUCGUCGCCCUCCUCCUCUCCUCCCGUGCGCGCGUCCACUCAACCUCGUCGCCCCUGCUCGUCUUCAUCUCGCGCACCGCGUUGCUCCCUUUCCCCGAACACCUCGUCCCCGCCGUCGCUAGUCGCCGGAGCCAGCAGGCCAUCCUCGUCCGCGCCCCUGCCUCGCCAUCCCCUGCCCCUCAAGCUCCUCCUGCCGGAGCCCCGAGUCCACCUCUGCCCCGUGCGGCCGUCCCUUUCCUGCGCCUCCCCGCCAGUUCCACGUCGCCUCCCCAUGCCCGGGAGCCCGCGCCGGCCAUCUUCCUCGUCAGAGUGCCCCGCCAAGUCCCACGCCGCCCCGCCUGCUCCUUCAAGUCCUGCCAGCUACAUCACCUCGCCAAGUCCGUCGCCGUCGCCCAAGGCCCUCGGCUUCGCCGCCUCGCCAAGUCCCUAUCGCCGCCCCUGCUUCCCCUGCUUCGAGCGAGACGGGAGGACGCGCCCCUGCUCCUCGCGUUGACCGCGCCUCCAGCGCCUGGGCCAGCAUCCUCCAGCCCCAAGCGCCCACUUCAUCAGCCCGAGCGGCCAGGCCUGCAGCCAGCUCCACCCACGGGCCAAGGCCCAUGGUGA